CGGAAAAUUGCCCGUACUCGUCAUCCCUUGACGCCGCUAUGAGCUGAUUCCGCCUCGGCAGGCCAGAUCUAUCGGCUCUUCGGCUGCGCGUCGGUGUGCACCCGGCCCGGAAGCGCAUCAUGGCUGACAACGAGGAGAUGGCGACGGAGGAAUCCGCCCCUGCUGCUGCUGCUGUGGCUCCCUCGCUGCCCCUGUGUGAGCUGGAGGCCGCCCUGGGUGUCGAUGUGCAGGGCAUGACCAAGCAGGCCUGCGAUAGACUCAAAAUGCGACGUAAGUGAAGUGAAGUGGGCGGGAAUGGCAUGGCGCAGAUCUGAAUGAGGUGAAGAUGGUCUGUGGUGGAUGGGGUGAUUCCGGUGUGUGUGUGUGCAGUGGGAGUGGUGAUGGAUGAGUUUGACCGGCACAUUGGCAAGUAUGUCAAGAGUAUGCCGCCUGAGGAGCUCAAGAAGGUACGUACACACAUUGGUGGCAUCGAUGGGAUGGAUGGAUGGAUUUUGUGAUUGGCGCAUGCAGCGUUGUGCGGCCAUCCGGGCGUUCCUCCAGGACCACCUUGACGCCUCCCUCACCCUGUUCAAGGUAUGUAUGUGCACUGGACUGGAGUCCAUCGCUCCCAUCGAUCCACUUGUGUGUGGAUGUGUGUGUGAGUGCUGGCUGCAGAAGCAUCUGUUUGAGCACAUCCUGCAGUACCCCCUGCACCUCCCAGCAGCCAUGCAGAAGCACGACGCACGGCCCGGCGUCCACGGUGACCAUGACCCGCCUCCCACACUCGUGUAUCGCCCGGGCAUCGCCGACGAAGGACACCACCACCACCACCACCAGCAGCUGCAGGAGGGGAACGGCAACGGGAAUGGUGAGAAUGGGAGCGGGAGUCGCUCGGGGCGGACGUCUGGUAGUCAGAGUGUGGGCGCACGGCUCAUCGUGGCCUUAGACAAGGUACGCAGGGGGCGGUGGGUGGUGGUCGAUGCGUGGAUUAGUCGCUCUCUCUCUCUCUCUGUGUGUGUGUGUGUGCGUGCGUGCGUGUGGACAGGAGGUGGUGGCUAUGGUUGAGAGGGAUGGGUUUGACGAGGUCACCAAGACCGUCAAAAAACAAGUCAAACAGGAAAUGGACACACACAACAAGGUAGGGUACCCACCACAACCACACACACCCGCACACACAUGGAGGUCACCUCAUAGGACCACCACACUUGCUUCCGACCCCCCGCCCUGUGUCUGUCAGCUGUCGAGUGAGUUGCGUCGAAAGGAGUGUGCCUUGGCGGCUUACAAGGCCACCGAUAGCAGCCGCAAGGACAUGCUGGAGCAGCUCAAUAGCAUCACAGAGUACCUGCAGACACGUAAGCACCGAAUGAUAGAUGUGAUUGGGGAUGGAUGGAUGGAUGGAUGCCGGCACCCUUAAGCAUAUGUCAUCCCUGUGUGUGUGCCAGAUGAUAUGGGAGAUGGUGGUGGUGAUGGUGAUGGUGGUGGUGGUGGUGAGGGCGCCAUGCCCAUGGCCCUGCUGCAGCAGCUGCAAAAGGCCACAGAGAAAAUAGUACCCACACACCACCUAAACAUCUGGGGCUCCGACGCAUACACACGUACUGCACUCAAAAUUCCCUUCUCUGUUAGGGUGAGGAGUUGCGUCUGAUCCGUGCGGGCCAGGCGGACCAGGAGCUGUUCAACCAGCAGCUCGACGCCACACAGGCCGCACUCGUACAAAACAUACAUAAGAACACACACACACACAUGCACACGAGAUGCGUGUGUGUGUGUCUGUCUGUCUGUGUGUCUGCCGUGCAGGGCAGCGAGUCGAAUGUGCUGCGAUCGCUGGUGCAGCAGCUCCAACUGGACCUAGACACAGACACCGAGGGUGAGCGAGAUGACAUGCAUGUGGCAGAGGGGGAGGGGAUGGGCGGGUCGGACACACCACCGCCAGCAGUACCAGCCGCUGCUGCAGCAGCAGCAGCAGCGGCUGGCGAGGAGCGUGUGUCGCCCAACAAGUACGGCAAGCGCCUGACGGAGCCCCCCGACCAGAACCAGCAGCAGGGCGGGCAAGGUAGGUACUGUAUUGCAUUCACGGCCAUGCCAUGGGCUGCAUAUGCAUGUGUGUGUGUGCUGUUGGUCAGAUGAGUGCGGGGAAGGUGAUCCCAAGUCGGCGCGCAAGACCGUCCCCGCUAUGCAGUAGACAGACAGAUAGACAGAUAGACUGACGGGGUGGGGUGGGGUGGGUGCGUCGAGAGUGACUGACUGACUGACUUGAUGAAUGGAAUGGAUGGGACUCUGUGCUGUGGGACGCACGGACAUGUAAUGAUGAUUCAACCAGCGAAUGUCUGUCACACAAUACCCAUGUCUGUCUGUCUGUCUGUCUGUCGGAUAGAAAGACUUUGUCCGUAGACUCGUCCAUCGAUGAUCGAUCGGUCAAGGAAAGGACCCCUCCC